UCACUAAUCUUCGUAUUCCAUUUUUGUAAAUUUCAGAGAUUUUCUUUGAUUCUUCGUAAUCUCAUAAGUUCCUAUAUAUAUUCAUUACAUAACUUCACUCAUUCCACAACACAAACACAAAAGACAAAACACAAAAACCCUAAUUUUCAGAUCUCCGAAAACCAUGUCGGCGAUCAUGAAAAGUCUCUGUUUCUCCUUCCUUAUCCUCGCUUCAUUUGCAACUUUCUUCUCCGUUGCUGAUGCAUGGAGGUUUAACGUCGGAGGUAACGGCGCUUGGGUUACAAAUCCUCAAGAAAACUACAAUACUUGGGCUGAAAGAAACCGUUUCCAAGUCAAUGACUCUCUCUAUUUUAAGUACGCGAAGGGAUCAGACUCUGUUCAACAAGUGAUGAAAGCAGAUUUUGAUGGAUGCAACGUUAGAAAUCCGAUCAAGAACUUCGAAAAUGGUGAAUCUGUGGUUACUCUUGAUCGAUCUGGUGCUUUUUAUUUCAUAAGCGGUAAUCAAGAUCACUGUCAAAAGGGACAGAAAUUGAUCGUCGUUGUCCUCGCCGUCAGAAAUCAACCUUCGGCUCCGGCUCAUUCCCCUGUUCCUUCAGUUUCUCCUACUCAACCUCCUAAAUCUCAUUCCCCUGUUUCUCCCGUUGCUCCAGCGUCUGCUCCUUCAAAAUCUCAGCCACCUAGAUCCUCUGUUUCUCCAGCACAACCACCUAAAUCUUCUUCCCCUAUUUCUCACACACCAGCUCUCUCACCGUCGCAUGCUACAUCUCACUCUCCAGCUACUCCAUCUCCGUCACCAAAAUCUCCCUCCCCUGUUUCUCACUCACCAUCUCACUCUCCGGCACAUACCCCAUCUCACUCUCCGGCACAUACCCCAUCUCACUCUCCGGCACAUGCCCCAUCUCACUCCCCGGCGCAUGCUCCAUCUCACUCUCCGGCGCAUGCUCCAUCUCACUCCCCGGCGCAUUCUCCAUCUCACUCACCGGCGACUCCAAAAUCCCCAUCUCCUUCUUCUUCUCCAGCUCAGUCUCCGGCCACUCCAUCUCCGAUGACACCACAAUCCCCAUCCCCUGUUUCUUCCCCAUCACCUGAUCAGUCUGCUGCUCCCUCUGACCAGUCUACACCCUUGGCACCUUCUCCUUCCGAAACAACUCCGACCGCCGAUAACAUCACUGCGCCGGCUCCUAGUCCCAGGACAAACUCAGCAAGUGGUUUAGCCGUUACUUCGGUUAUGUCUACACUAUUUAGUGCGACUUUUACCUUUCUGAUGUUUGCUUAAGAUUAAGUGCGUUUUUGUGUUGAGUUUUAGGUGUUCUUUAUUCUAUUGUUGAGUUCUAUUGUUCUAGUUGUACUCUUUCGGUUCUUCCUUUUGUCGUAAUUUCGCAUUCGUUUGUAGUUUUUUAUUGUAAUAAAUCAGUUUGUUGUUCUAAGGUUCUUUAUUUGACGUCAUCGACGAUUACAUGAUGAUAUGCAUGAACUCGUGUGGGAGUUACAGCAACUUUGUAAAAGUGCACCAAAACGUUUUUUUAAUACCGAAA